ACAAUGGUGGAAGGGGCAGAGGUCAUUUGUGGAUCAUGGGGAAAAGAAUUAUUAUAAGGAAAGGAGGUGGCCAUAAGGGCAGCACUCAAUCAGCACUUUCUGCGCUCACCCUGCUUGCUUUCUUGUUUUUUCUCAAUAUACUCCAAAGCUGUUUAAGAGAUCAAAUGCUAAACCAAGUUCCGAUAACGAUAAUGAUGACAACUACGACUACAUCUACAACAACCUCUGAAGGGCAGAGAUUGAAAAGAGAAACCGAUAAAAAUAACUACAAAGGACACCCGCCUACAUUUAAGAAAGAGACCACUGACAGCACAUUUGACAACUCGGCAGAUAGAUUUUCAGCCUGGAUAUACGACAGGGUUUGUUGCAAAGAUUGUGAACCCAAGAAUAUAAAAUCAAAGAAAGAAACUUUUGAAAACUAUUUAAGGAAAAGUGUUAUAAUGAUUUGCGAAUUGUUUGAAGCAGAUUCUGCAAAAACCUGCCAAAAUGAAUCCGAGUACAGCAGCAAUCAAGGGUAUAAAGAUGAAACAAGCACCAAAACUUAAUCCCCGAGCAAUUCAAUCCUUUGGAUUUGAGUUUUGACGUGGAAGAGGUGGCUUAGGACAGGAAAAAAGUUCCUAGCAUUAGAAUGGUUAUUAAUUACAAAAGUGUACAUAAAGCAGAUUUUUUUUUUAAUUUUUAAAAAUAUAAAUGUGCAUGUAAAAUAUAAAUAAUAAAUUAAAUAAUGAAAACAAUUAAAUUAAAUAAAAAUAAAAACAGUAAAAAUUAAGCACUUUAUCAUGCUGAUGAUGGAACUUUUUUUUUUGUUUAAGUGUAGAACAAUCAGAUGUUAAUUACUUUAACUAAUUUAAACAGAAAACAACAGAAUUUGCUUCAAUGGAAGCAAUAAAAACGAAACAAAAAUGUAAUUGAAUAUGUUGUGCAUUGUUGUUAAGUGCCGGUUCAUCUAUGCCAGAUGGAAAAUGCCAUGCCGGUCUUAUUUGUACCAAAGUC